GGGCGCCUCCUUUUUCCUUUCUCCCACCUCUUGUAAGUAACUGCACCUAAAUCUAAACUUAGAAGUCAUGAAAUGAACCCUGAAGCAAAUAACGGGAGGACGCCAGAAAAAAAAGACGCAUUCAGUGUAGCAGAGCUGAGAAAGUCAUGAGAGGAAAUAAGAAGUGGAAAGUUUGAGGAGAAAGGACAAAGAAAGUUUAAACAACGCUGAGGUAUCUGAGAGUAAGUGACAGCGUUUACUUAGUGAGGGAAGGAAAGGUGAGGCUCCAGACACCUGCCAGCCCUCCCCUCACCUUCAGCAUUCUAGCAGGCUCCAUUCUUUAUAGCCCGGCUGAUACCGAGAUUUCCUGCUCUGCCCUCACAUUUACCUUCUGAGAGACUGGAGCAGGACCCCUGUCCUGGUAAGGAGUCAAGGAGAGUGAAGCAUGUGGUGGGAUGAGAACCUUCUUGCCCUCUUCAGGAGGAACCUUCAGCCCACCAUCACAUAUUGGAGCGUUUUCUUCAGUUUUGGGCUGUGCAUUGCAUUUUUGGGUCCGACACUGUUGGAUCUAAGGUGCCAGACACACAGCAGCCUACAAGACAUUACAUGGGUCUUCUUCUCCCAGCAGUUCUGUCUCCUUGUUGGAAGCACCCUAGGAGGAACCUUCAAAAAGUCAUUGAAGCUGUGUUUGUUCAUUUUGUUGAUAUGUUCGCUGACAAUCUCAUUGGUGUUCUCCAUCAUUCCAUUUUGCAAACAUGUUGGUGUCCUUGCAAUGGUCAUGGCAGUAGCUGGUCUGGCCAUGGGUAAUAUUGAUACAAUCUCUAAUAUGCAACUUGUGAAAAUCUAUCAACAAGACUCCGCAGUUUUCCUACAGGUACUUCACUUCUUUGUUGGAUUUGGAGCUUUGUUGAGUCCAUUAAUAGCCGAUCCAUUUCUUUCUGAUACCAACUGUAUCCUGUCAAAUGGCACACUGAAUGGAAGCAGUAACCUUGAGCACAUUAGGAAUUCGAUUGUCCCACAUCAUCCCGGCAAUGUAUCUCACUAUGUUCUUCCACUUCAUGGUCCAGUAUUGACAAACGUGUCCUAUGCCUUUUGGAUAAUGGCUGCCAUCAAUCUUCCUGUGCCUAUUGCGGUUUUCCUAUUAAUGUACCAGAAAGGUAUGGUGCCUGGUUGUGAUCGCAGGCGUGGGUCUUUACUGUCUGCCGAUGAGUUAGCAAUGGAGACUCAGAAGGAGAAAGAGAUGUAUGACGAGAAGAAACCAGGAACACAAGAAGAGCAUAUCCAUAAAGAAGGUCACGCUGUGCAUUUCCUUUGCUGCCAUAACAAAAAGUUUUGGAACGCCCCCCACACCUUUUUUGCCAUUCACGUAUGUUCAGCAGCGAUCCUGUUCAUGACAGAUGGAUUAGUGGGUGAAUAUUCUGGCUUUGUCUACAGUUAUGCUGUGGAGGAGCCACUAUCAUUACCUCAUAAGACAGCAGGAUAUCUGCCUAGCCUCUUUUGGGCAUGCAUCACCCUGGGGAGACUCAUUGCCAUACCGGUGUCCUACAAAGUACCUCCACGCUCCAUGCUACUUUUUAACCUAGUUGGAAUGUCUGCAACAUUUCUGUUCCUGAUCUUGUCACAGAACAGUAUACCAAGUCUUUUUAUUGGUACAGCUUCUCUUGGUCUAUUCCUCAGUAGUGUUUUCCCCAGCAUGUUGGCUUAUACUGAAGAUAUUCUGAACUAUAAAGGAUGUGCUACAACAAUUCUUGUCACUGCUGCUGGGAUGGGAGAGAUGGUUCUUCAGAUUCUAGUAGGAACGGUUAUCCAAGCACAAGGCAGCUACAGCUUCUUGGUUUUUGGGGUCAGUCUUACUGUGUUGGCGCUCUCUUUGUUCAUGGUGCUACUAGUACUUGACAAUAUGCAUCCCAGGCGCUUAGAAGGCUCGCCAGAAAAAUCUCCAGAACCUGCCAAUUAUCCAGACCGGUAUCAGCAAUAAACAAAGCUUCUGCACAACGUUUUCCAUUACUUUUGGUGAAUUCUCUUAAGAGUGCUGCAAAAACCAAAGUGCCAUCUCAUUAAAAAAAAAGCAGAUAAAAUAAACAAAGCAUAUUGUAGUCUUAUUUUAUUCUCUUU